UAUUAUCUAAAAGUGUUUCGAUUUUAAGACAGUUAACCAAAAGUAAAAUGACUGAUUUAAUUUAGUCAUUUUUCCAGUAAAAUCUGUCUUACAUAUCACCCAAGUAGACAUGUUACGUCUGUCUCAUUUAGGGUUUUCAUGCCAACAAAUCUACUAUAUUUAGGUUGAAUUGAGUCACCAAAUACUGAGUGUAAAUGAAUCACUGUGCUCUCCCAGUCGACCCAACAAAAGGAGAACAAGUGCUCAUUAACUAGUGAGACACGCUCUGAAAAAUGUGUCCGAUGUGAGAGGCUGCAGCCGGGAUCCAUGCGGUUCACCUCGUCAGGGAUAAAUAACGCCGCUGUGACUAACAGCAGACGCUCAGACUGGGAUUUUCAUGCACAGCCAUUCAGUCACGGACACAUUGCAAAAGCAUUGAGAGGGGAGAGAGGUGGAGCUGCUGCAGAUGGUGUGGGAGGGAGAGAGGGAGGAGUGGGACAGUAUAAAUGGGGGGAGAAGGACUGGAAUAAGGAGAAAGGAAACGUAUCAGGAAGAGCUCCGGAUCUAAAAUAAAAACUCCACCAAUUUCUGCAACAGGACAACAUCUGCCAUGAGAAAUCUGCGUCUCCUUGUCGUAAUCUCCGGCCUGCUUCUCCUCAGAGGAUGCAGUCCUCUUCCUACAUCAUUAGUAGUCACAGAGGAGCUCCCCAGCCUCACCACGGAGGACUACACCAACUUGGAGGACGACACUACCACGCCUUUUGUACCCAAACCCACGGAUGGCGGUCCCUCACAGCUGUGCGACUACAACCCCUGUCGUGAGGGUCAAAGUUCCUGCGAGGAGCUGUCACAGUCCACCGGCUGCUUGUGUCCAGGGCACACCCUGGAAGACGAGGCUCCAGGCGCACCCAGCCUCAAGGCGGUGUCCUGGAACGGCUCGGAGGUGGUGGUUCGGUGGUGUGCGCCCUACUCCCACGUCAAAGCCUACAUAGUGACAGUGGGAGGACUGCAGAAGCAGGAAUUUGGAUGGGACAAGAGGAGCGGCGUGGUGCAGGAGUUAAGCCGGGAAACAGAAGUCUGCAUAGUGGCCAGGAACGAUGCUGGAGACAGCGAGAAGUCCUGCAUGAUGUACGGACCUACGGACAGCAGCCUGCCGCUGACUGCGGGGCUCAUAGGAGGCGGGCUGGGCUUCCUGCUGCUCCUCCUGCUGGCCGUCCUGCUGUGGAGGAGCAGGAGGCAAAAGAAACAGGAGGCCCAUGUUUCCAUGAGCAGCACAGACGGCAGACACUGAACUCUUAAAAUAGUGAAGUAAUGAGGUCACAGGAGACGCCAGUCCUCAGCGCUUUCUGCUAACUUAUCUUUUAAUUACUGGCGGAUUUGAGAGCCUUCAAUAAACUGAACUUAUAAACAAUUUAUUAAUGAAUGACAGAAAAUUAACUGGUCAUUGAACACUUAAUGAAAACCCAGUAGCAUGUAGUUUGUCCAAGAUUUGUCAGAGUUUUUAAGCACAAUUUUCAUAAAAAAAAUGUAUUUUUUACAGUUUUUAAAAUUUUGAUUUUUAAAAGCUGCCAUGAUAUGACUACUUCUUUAUGUCUGUAAAGCUCUCUGUGAGAGUUGUUUCAUGUAUUAAAGUUAUGGAUUGUACAAUUUUAAAAUAAUGCGAUUGUGUUUUGGUAAAAAAAAAAAAA